UUGUACUUAUGCUAUUCAUUUUCUAAUAAAACAUUUUUCUUGUUCUUCCAGGUUCUUCUUCUUUUUCAUAUACUCUCUCUCGUCUCUUACUUAAUCUCAUGGUCUAGGGUUUGGUUUCUAUAACUUCUUAACUAAACUGUAGUAAUAGAAAAGUCUCAGCACGUCUUGCUUGGAUCGCUUUCAGUCUUUUGUUAGGGUUUUCAUCGGGCGGCGGUUCUUAACCUGGAAAAAUGGUCAAGGGCAGGCAAGGCGAGCGCGUCAGCCUCUAUGUUGCAUUUUUGUAUUUCUCUCUCGAAACUCUAUAGGAUCUCUAUUUUGUAAUGGGAAUCAGUAAAACAGAAAUAAACUUGAGAAGGUUGAUUUCGGCUGCACCUAAUCAACAAAAUCAGGCAAAACUUAUACAUUAUGUUGCUACUCUGCGUGAACAGUUAGAACAGCUGGCUGAAGAGAGAACUCCAGAAGGCUUACCAAGAGUUUCAAAGGCUCAGGUGAAUGAUUAUUCAGAAAAAAUUGAGGCCCUUGCUUCCAAAUUAGUUGCUCAACCGCCUGAUAUUCAAGCCUCUGAAGAUCCUGUUAAAGGUCAUUCUUUCACAGAAAGCCCUUCUAAAACAGAUGGAGAAAUUCACACCCCAACUUCUCCAGGAUUGAGAAGGAGAUUUGUGCCUGCCUCAAAUAUUGGGAAUAGAAGUCACGAUACCUCUGAACCAGUUAAACUGGAUGCUGUGGCACAAGCGCACAUUGAAAAGCACAGAAAGCUUCAGGAGAACUUAACAGAUGAAAUGGUCGGUUUGGCACGACAACUGAAAGAGAGUAGUCUGCUGAUAAGCCAGUCAGUGCAGAGUACUGAAAAAGUGCUUGAUUCAACAGAGAAAGCUAUCGAGCAAAGCCUGGCAAGCACUGGUCAUGCCAACGAGCGGGCGAUGAAGAUAUACUCAGAGAGUUCUAAGACUACCUGUUUCACAUGGCUUCUGAUGUUUGUAAUGACAUGUAUUUUUGUCAUGGUUGUACUUCUAAUUCGUGUCACCUAAAGUGGUUGAUUAUCUUAUUUCGCUUCGGAAGUUCAGGUCAGCAGUCAGCAGUCAGUUCAGGUCAGGUCACAUAGUUUUAUUGUUUGAAUUAAAUAUAAAAAUAAUACUUAAUUACAUUAUGACAUAUUAUUUAUAUACUUAUUUUGUAUACUUAAAAUAUAUUUAUAUAGCAUUGCUCAAUAAAUGGUUAAGGAGAUUAUCUUGGACAA